AGGACAGGGUUUAUUAACCUCACACAUUCUGAUCACAGUCUACUGGGAGCAGAAGUCAGAGCAAGAACUCAAGGCAGGAACCUGUAGCAGGAGCUGAGGCAGUAGCCAUGGCAGAAGCUGUGUACUGGUUUGUCCCUCCUGGCUUGUUCAGCCUGCUUCCUUACACAAGCCACGACCACCUGCUCAGGGCUGGUCUCCCACACCAAUUAAUAAUCAAGAGUAUGUCCCCACAGAUUUGCAAGCAUGUCAAUCUAAUGGAGGCAUUUUUCUCAGUUCAGAUCCCUCCCUUCCCAGAUGACCAGAGCACAUGCCAAGUUAUUAAAAGAACGAACUAGCAAGCACAUCAGGUGAAGGAAAAGGUUGUGGCCUUACAAACCAGAAAUGCACCUAGUAUUAUCCCCUGUCUCCCUCUGCUAGCCUAGGGAGGGCCCAGAGCUUGGAGUCUGAAGCCACGUUAUGUCAGGAGGUAGCUGUGAUUGGGAGCACAUCUGGAUGGUUUUAGGCGAUUCUAACACUGGGAAGUUUGUGUGUAAUCUAGGAGAAAACGGCUUUAUGAAGACUCAUCUCUCUGGUUUAGAGCAGAUCCAAAAAGGAUCGAGAGCAGCGUUCCAGGAAGAAGUCCUUGGUGACAGAGGCCGAAGAUGAGCCAUCACUCAGUAUCUUUUCGGACUUAACUUUGAUCUCUCCUCCAUGUUACAUUUUACCUCCCUGCCUCCUUCAAUCCUUUCUCUGAAAUUACCCAAAGCAAGCACACAUGCAAUAACAAUAGGAAAACAAAAAACGAAAACCACCUCCCAUCCCCAACCUCAAACAGAGAAAAAUGGGUCAUCCUGCAUCCUGUGCCCUUCUUUGGUGCAUUCUAACGACAAAAAUUCCAGGUUACAGUAGGGUGCUGGGUGUCCUCCUACCAAAAAAUAAAAAAAAAAAUAUCCUGUUUCUUUUGCUAAUGUUCUCGGCCUCGCUCCACCUCUCCAAAUAGAGAAAACGAACUGCGGAUAAAAAUGCAUGCAUCGCAGCAGUAGCUCUUCAACCACAUUCAGGAGAGGCCUGCGGGGUCGGAUGACUCAAGCUCGCGGGGACGAGCCGAGAGCGCUCCCGAUUUCCCUGGAACCUUAACGUCCUAGGGUUCACCUUCCCCCGACUGCGGACCCCUCUCCCUGACCCAGAUCAUUCCUCCCUUGGUUCCUGGACCCCAGAGGAAGCUCGGGUUCCUUAGCUGGUGCCCAAGACGCCGCACCUGUGGGCUCCCUGUCGCCUCCCUUUGCGCUCGGGCGCAGCUCCCCGGGGCUCCGCUAGGGGUCUCUCUCGGGUGGCAAGCCGGGUGGGCGGGAUCAGCUGACUCUCCCGGCUGCCAGCCCCGCCGCCGCGCUCCAGCUCUGUCAGUUUCCUCGGCGGCGGGAGGCGAGAGCACUAGGAGCAGAGAGAGCGCGGGGGCCACCGGAGACGGCGGCGGCGGCGGCGACGACGCGGACACAGUCAGGGUGCGGCGGAUCUUCCACUUGCACACGGAGCAGUCGGUGGCCCACGCAGGAUCACGAUGCUGCCCAGCCUGGCACUGCUCCUGCUGGCCGCCUGGACGGUUCGGGCUCUGGAGGUGCCCACUGAUGGCAAUGCCGGUCUGCUGGCAGAACCCCAGAUCGCCAUGUUCUGUGGUAAACUCAACAUGCACAUGAAUGUGCAGAAUGGAAAAUGGGAGUCAGACCCAUCAGGGACCAAAACCUGCAUUGGCACCAAGGAGGGAAUCCUGCAGUACUGCCAAGAGGUCUACCCUGAACUGCAGAUCACAAACGUGGUGGAAGCCAACCAGCCAGUGACCAUCCAGAACUGGUGCAAGCGGGGCCGCAAGCAGUGCAAGACGCACACCCACAUCGUGAUUCCUUACCGGUGCCUAGUUGGUGAGUUUGUAAGCGAUGCCCUUCUCGUGCCCGACAAGUGCAAGUUUCUACACCAGGAGCGGAUGGACGUUUGUGAGACCCAUCUUCACUGGCAUACUGUUGCCAAAGAGACAUGCAGUGAGAAGAGCACUAACUUGCACGACUAUGGCAUGCUGCUGCCCUGUGGCAUCGACAAGUUCCGAGGGGUCGAGUUCGUGUGCUGCCCGUUGGCGGAGGAGAGCGACAGCAUCGAUUCUGCGGACGCAGAGGAGGACGACUCCGAUGUCUGGUGGGGUGGAGCGGACACAGACUAUGCUGAUGGCGGUGAAGACAAAGUCGUAGAAGUAGCCGAAGAGGAGGAAGUGGCCGAUGUUGAGGAAGAAGAAGCUGAGGAUGACGAGGAUGUGGAGGAUGGGGAUGAGGUGGAGGAGGAGGCCGAGGAGCCCUACGAAGAGGCCACAGAGAGAACAACCAGCAUUGCCACCACUACCACAACUACCACUGAGUCUGUGGAGGAGGUAGUCCGAGUUCCCACGACGGCAGCCAGCACCCCUGACGCAGUCGACAAGUACCUGGAGACCCCCGGAGAUGAGAACGAGCACGCCCAUUUCCAGAAAGCCAAAGAGAGGUUGGAAGCCAAGCACCGAGAGAGAAUGUCCCAGGUCAUGAGAGAAUGGGAGGAGGCAGAACGUCAAGCCAAGAAUUUGCCCAAAGCUGACAAGAAGGCCGUUAUCCAGCAUUUCCAGGAGAAAGUGGAAUCUCUGGAACAGGAAGCAGCCAACGAGAGGCAGCAGCUUGUAGAGACACACAUGGCCAGAGUUGAAGCCAUGCUCAAUGAUCGCCGUCGCCUGGCCCUCGAGAAUUACAUCACCGCACUGCAGGCGGUGCCUCCAAGGCCUCAUCAUGUGUUCAACAUGCUGAAGAAGUACGUCCGUGCAGAGCAGAAGGACAGACAGCACACCCUAAAGCAUUUUGAACAUGUGCGCAUGGUGGACCCCAAGAAAGCUGCUCAGAUCCGGUCCCAGGUUAUGACACACCUCCGUGUGAUCUACGAGCGCAUGAACCAGUCUCUGUCCCUGCUCUACAACGUCCCUGCCGUGGCUGAGGAGAUUCAAGAUGAAGUUGACGAGCUGCUUCAGAAGGAGCAGAACUACUCCGACGACGUCUUAGCCAACAUGAUCAGUGAACCCAGAAUCAGUUACGGCAACGAUGCUCUCAUGCCUUCUUUGACUGAAACGAAGACCACUGUGGAGCUCCUUCCCGUGAAUGGCGAAUUCAGCCUGGAUGAUCUCCAACCGUGGCAUCCUUUUGGGGUGGACUCUGUGCCAGCCAAUACAGAAAAUGAAGUUGAGCCUGUCGACGCCCGCCCCGCUGCUGACCGAGGACUGACCACUCGACCAGGGUCUGGGUUGACAAACAUCAAGACAGAAGAGAUCUCAGAAGUGAAGAUGGAUGCGGAGUUCGGACAUGAUUCAGGCUUCGAAGUCCGCCAUCAAAAACUGGUGUUCUUUGCAGAAGAUGUGGGUUCAAACAAAGGUGCCAUCAUUGGACUCAUGGUGGGUGGCGUUGUCAUAGCAACAGUGAUUGUCAUCACCUUGGUGAUGCUGAAGAAGAAACAGUACACAUCCAUCCAUCAUGGCGUGGUGGAGGUUGACGCUGCUGUGACCCCGGAGGAGCGCCACCUCUCCAAGAUGCAGCAGAAUGGAUAUGAGAAUCCAACAUACAAGUUCUUUGAGCAGAUGCAGAACUAAACCCCGCCCCCCGCCACAGCAGCGGCCUCUGAACUUGGACAGCAAAACCAUUGCUUCACUACCCAUCGGUGUUCAUUUAUAAAAUAACGUGGAAAGAAACAAACCCGUCUGUUUAUUUACUCACCCUCGGCUUUUGACAGCUGUGCUGUAACACAAGUAGAUGCCUGAACUCGAAUUAAUAUACAAAUCAAUAAUGUAUUCUCUCUUUCUCUCUUUACAUUCUGGUCUCUACACUACAUUAUUAAUGGGUUUUGUGUACUGUAAAAAAAAAAUUUAGCUGUAUCAAACUAGUGCAUGAAUAGAUUCUCUCCUGAGUAUCUGUCACAUACAUAGCCCCUUAGCCCGUUGUAUAUUAUUCUUGUGGUUUGUGGCCCGAAAAACUCCUACUUGAAAUACGCUUUAAAAAAAUCGAUGGGGGAUGCUUCGUGUGAACGUGGGCGUUUAGCUGCUUCUCCUCUCUUAAGUAUUCUUUUCCUGAUCACUAUGCAUUUUGGACAUUUUUGAGUAUUCCAAAUGAUUUAGAAAAGUUCGUUUUCCAUGAUUGCAUCUUACUGUACAGAUUGCUGCUUCUGCUCUCUUUGCGAUAUAGGAAUACGAGGAUACACAUUGAUUUCUUUGUGCCUGUUUUAUGUGCACACAUUAGGCAUUGAGGAUUUGAACUUUUUUUUGUCCAUGUAUCUUUGGAUCUUUGAUAAAAAAAAAAUUUAAAAAAAAAAAUCCCUGUUCAUCGUAAGCACUUUUACGGGUGGGGGGAGGGAGUGUUCUGCUGGUCUCCAAUUACCAAGAAUUCUCCAAAAAUAAUUUUCUGCAGGAUGAUUGUACAGAAUCAUUGCUUAUGCCAUGAUAGCUUUCUACACUGUAUUACAUAAAUAAAUUAAAUUAAAUAACUCCA